AUGUCUCCCCCCAACACACCCAAUCCCAAACCGAAUGCCCAAGACUCCCCCUCCAGCACUGCCGCACAGAACCCCCAACCCCAGUCCCCGUCCCAACCCCAUCCCUGCUCCUGCAACGCAUCUCUCCUCGACUACCUAAGCGACGCAGCCGGUCUGCAUCCCUCCGUCUUCGCGGCUGUGGCGGCGUUGCUGCCCUAUCAGUGGGACAAGGACCUUGUGGGUGUGCAUCCUAGCGUUAUGGAGGCCGUUGGGAGGGCUGUGGGUGAGGGGGAGAAGCAGGGUACGGGGAGUAAAGUGGGGAAGGAGGAGGGUAAGGGGAGGAAGACUGAAGAGCGGGGGAAUGGAGGGGAGUGA